AUGGAGAAAGUCUGCUCUUCAAAGGUACUGUCUGAGGAGGAUCAGUACUGCGAGGAUAAUUUCAGUUCAACUGUGCAUCAUGAUUCCCAGGGUAGAUUCGUGACUGAGGCGGUGUCCAUCUUGGGAUUAAAAUGGGUGCCGCCUAGUGACUCGUUUUGUUUUGAGGUUACUUUACCUGCUUCUUCUAAGGUCGUCACAAAAAGAGUAAUCCUCUCAGAAAUUUCUAAGUCGUUUGACCUGUUGGGUUGGUUGUCUCCAGUCCUAGUAAGGGCUAAGCUUAUGCUCCAAGACUUAUGGAUACAGAGUGUUGAUUGGGGUAUCCCCUUGACUGGUGACUUAUUGGAUCAGUGGCAGUUGUUGAGAGAGCAGCUUCCGGAGUUGGCACAAAUCCGCAUUCCGCGAUGGUUCGGUUCUUCGGCUCAGACUGCCUGGGAACUUCAUAGGUUCUUAGACGCCUCACAAAGGGCAUUUGUAGCCACGGCAUACAUGGUGGUCCCUGGAGAGAAGUCGACGUUGAUUAUGUCAAAGACUAAAGUAUUGCCGAUAAAAACUGAGAGUCUGCCACGGCUUGAGCUUUGUGGAGCGGUGUUUUUGACCAGACUUUUUAAGCAUCUGUUAGAUGGUGUAUUGUUGAAGCCGGUAGCUGUCUAUUGUUGGACUGAUUCGAAGUGGCGACAUGUAAGGUCGGAGGACACCCCAACCGAUUGCGCGACGAAGGGAUUCACCCCCGAACAGCUGUUGCAGUCUUCCCUGUGGUGGGAGGGUCCUGAGUGGAUCAGGAAUGAUUGGACGGCUGACAGAUCGAACUACACUGCUAAAACAACCCUGUCGACUGUGUUGGCGCAGGUGGCGCUUGAGGAGUCUGCUGAGAAGGAUGAUGUUUCGCCGCCAUUAGUUUGUUUGGAAAAAUACUCCCAUUUUAGUAAAAUAAUAAGAGUUUUAGCUUGUGCAUUUAGAUGGCGUCGCAAUGCUGCAAAGUCAAAAGGAGAUCGCUGCGCUGGGCCAUUUAUUACUGAGGAGCUAGAUGAUACUCGAGUCGGGCUGCUCCGCUAA